AACGACCUUUUUGAGGGGGAGGAGCAACCUCCGGCAAGUAUAUAAGGGGACUGAGUAAGUGAGAGGCUUCAGUCAACGCCAUUAGUUUGUAAAAGUUAACCAUUCGCUCGACAGCAGCUUCUCAACCGCAAUGAAGGUCCUGGUAUUGUUUGGAAUGGUGGCUUUUGCCUUGUCUGCCAAACUUGGCAGCAACGUUGUGUUCGACGAAGAUGAGAGCUCGACUGAGCCCCCAAAACCUUACAACUUCGGGUGGGCCGUGAUGGACAAGAACACCACCAACUACCAGAACCGCGCCGAAAUCGGUGACGAGGACGGACGCGUCAAGGGAUCCUACAGCUAUGUCCUUCCCGAUGGUUUCGUCUACACCGUCACGUACGAAGACAAGAAGGACGGAAAUGGUCUUGUGCAAACUCUACGAAAGGAACCUUCAGGUAUCGAUGUGAUCAUCCCUGUCCCCAAACCAAGAGAGCCUGUUCCUGUUUCCAAGGGUAUCAAGCGCUUCCUGUAAGCCUCGGUACCAACUAACCCCUUUUCCCCAAAUGUAAAGGGUAGUCUCAUACCUCCCAUGAUUAGUUUAGGGCAAAAUAUGAUCAUUUUAUUACUGAGAAAACAUCAUCCGCAUCCUCAACCUAUAUACUGUGAAUCACUCCGGUGCCAUAUGGCAGUUUUGGUUCUCGAAGGAACAUUUCAGGAAUUGCCCCCUCAACUUCGACUGUUGUCCUAUUCACUUCCGUUUUAGGAAUUCCUCUUGUUCUAGGAAGAUCCUGUGUCAUCAGGUUUGCUCUAAUAUCUCAUUCUUUAUGUCGUAGUUGCCUACUUUGUUCAGCAUGUAGACUCUUGAUGCAAUAGAGUAUCCUUCUAGUCAGAUUACUAAAGUUGGUAAUCCAUUUCAAAUGUUACAUUGUACUUUGGCUUAAUGCUUUAUACGUAAAUGACUAUCACCCAGUUUCACAGCGAUGUGGGUAAGUUAAAUCCAAGAAAUGUUAUCACUUGAAAGUAGUUGCAGCAAGCAAAUUAGAUACUAUGUAAUAUGAACUAGAUAAAUGCUGAUCUUUCUUUACUACUCACAACUUCUAUUCUUCCCGGAGUCUUGUGGCAAGAACUGACUGUCCAAGCAUCGUCCCUGAAUCUUUAGCAUGAAUGGAAAACCAGACAUUGUUAAACAAGAUGAAAUUCUAAGUGCAAACCUCAAAGCUAUUAUUAAGGCCUCAUCCUUUCUCAGCUGUUCUCAUCACUUUGUGUUUCUUUGUCUUUGUUAGAGAUGUUAUAUAUAUUUUAUUACGUCAAUAAAAGAUGUAUUCAG